CCAUCGCAUCAUCUGACCUCCUCUUCCUUUCUCCAUUUCUUCCAUUUCAUCCUUUCCUUUCCUUUCUUCAUCUCCAUCUUCCAUUCAGUUACUGGAUGGUUCAUCAAUCAGCCAUCUAUCUGUGAUUAACUACACUACCGCCAAGGUCCCUUCGUGCCUGGUUCCGUGUUAUCCAGCCAGGUCAUCAUCAUCUCCUCACAAUCAUCAAUAAUCGAGUCAAGUGCACACACAAUGAGACUCCUCCCAGCUACCAUGCUGGUGGGCGCGGCCACUGCGGCUGUCCCCUUCCAGCAGAUCAUCUCCUCGCCCAAGAAGGCCUCCGAGAGCUUCUCCGAGAGCCUCUCCAAGCCGCUCCACAGCUUCCAGGAGCAGCUCGAGACCCUGUCCGACGAGGCUCGCAACCUCUGGGAUGAGGUCUCGGCUAAGUUCCCUGAGACCAUGGGCCACAAUCCGCUCUUCUCGCUGCCCAAGAAGCAUACUCGUCGUCCGGACUCCCAUUGGGACCACGUUGUUCGUGGCGAGGAUGUUCAGGGCGUGUGGGUUACUAAUGAGAAUGGAGAGAAGGAGCGUGAGGUUGAUGGGAAGCUUGAGGCGUAUGAUCUCAGAGUCAAGAAGACGGAUCCUGCUUCUUUGGGGAUUGAUCCUGGUGUUAAGCAGUACACUGGGUACUUGGAUGACAAUGAGAAUGACAAGCAUUUGUUCUACUGGUUUUUCGAAUCUCGCAACGACCCUGAGAAUGAUCCUGUUGUUCUCUGGUUGAAUGGUGGCCCUGGCUGCUCGUCUCUCACCGGUCUGUUUUUGGAGCUGGGCCCUAGCAGCAUCGGUGAGAACAUCAAGCCGAUUUACAAUGACUACGCCUGGAACUCCAACGCCUCUGUCAUCUUCCUUGACCAGCCUGUCAACGUCGGAUACUCGUACAGUGGUUCGCCCGUCAGUGACACGGUGGCUGCUGGCAAGGAUGUCUAUGCCUUGCUCACACUCUUCUUCAAGCAAUUCCCUCAGUAUGCGAAGCAGGACUUCCACAUUUCUGGAGAGUCGUACGCUGGUCACUACAUCCCUGUUUUUGCUUCCGAGAUCCUGUCUCACAAGAAGCGUAACAUCAACCUUAAGUCCAUUCUAAUUGGUAACGGUCUCACCGACGGCCUCACCCAGUACGAUUACUACCGCCCCAUGGCUUGUGGCGAAGGUGGCUACCCGGCUGUCUUGGAUGAGUCCAGCUGCCAGUCCAUGGACAAUGCCCUGCCCCGCUGCAAAUCCCUGAUUGAGACAUGCUACAACACCGAGAGUGCCUUCCUGUGCGUUCCCGCUUCAAUUUACUGCAACAACGCCCUCAUUGGCCCUUACCAGCAAACUGGACAGAACGUCUAUGAUGUCCGCACCCAGUGUGAUCCUGGGACCGACCUGUGCUACAAGGGCAUGGACUAUGUCUCUGAGUACCUGAACAAGCCCGAGGUUCGCGAGGCCGUUGGUGCUGAGGUCCAGGGCUAUGACUCGUGCAACUUUGACAUCAACCGUAACUUCCUGCUCCACGGUGACUGGAUGAAGCCCUACCAUCGCCUGGUCCCCGACCUUCUUGAGCAGAUCCCUGUCCUGAUCUACGCUGGUGAUGCCGACUUCAUCUGCAACUGGCUGGGCAACAAGGCCUGGACCGAGGCUCUCGAGUGGCCCGGCCAGGAGAAGUACGCUGCUGCCGCCUUGGAGGACAUUGAAGUCGUGGACCACGAGCACAAGGGCAAGAAGAUUGGCCAGGUCAAGUCCCACGGCAACUUCACCUUCAUGCGUCUCUACGGCGGAGGCCACAUGGUUCCCAUGGACCAGCCUGAGGCCGGUCUGGAGUUCUUCAACCGCUGGAUCGGCGGUGAAUGGUUCUAAGCUGGUCGCAGUACAGCUAGACCUGGCGUUAACAGUAUUGCAAUAAUGCUUUGAAUGUUAUACUCGCUCAUGUGUACACAUUGGAUUUGUUUUAUGGCUUGCAAUGAUGGCUUGCUGAUAUGGUUGAAUGUCUUUACUACAGAUACGUUUGGACUUUAAUAGCUGCAAUGAACGGAUUGAUAAGAUAUGGCCCUGAGUACCUGUAGAUGUACUUUACUGGGAUCGGAGUCUUCCGACCGGGCUAAGACUAUCGUAGCAUAAUCCGAGAGUAUUAUGGCGAAUGAAGAUGCCGACUUUCAUAUGAAUUAGACAUGCAGAAACGGUAUCAUACGGAGUACUGUAAGCUGAAUUUACAAACUAGAAAUAAA